CAUAAUAAGGAUUGCUAAAAGAGAAAUAAAUAUGAAUCGGAUAUUCAAAGUCUCGAAUAUUUUUACUACAUUGGCUUCGACGUCACGCGGAAACGCAAGAAUGUGGGCAACAAUACUUUUCACUUUCUUUGUUGCGAAAGUGGGCGAUUUUCGAAUGUGAAAGACAUUUUGGAGCUUUUUGGAGUUAUUUCUAGAGGUUAUUUGCGUUUUAUAUAAAGGUGAGUAAUAUUUUGACAGCCUACACAAUACACUGUACAAAUAUCUUUAUAAGAAUAGAAUUACCGAUCUCGAAAUUUGUUAUUAGGCAAUCAUAAGAUACUUAAAUUUAAUUAAUUAAGAGCAAAGAACUAGAAUAAGAAAUUAAUUUUGAGAUAAAUUUCGAUAUGUAACUGAUUUUGAAUAGAAUAUUGUAUAUUUUAUCACGAUGUAAACAUUGAUGAGGUUGAUUAAUAAUAAUAAACAUAAAUCUUUACGAAAAAUAUACGUUUGAUUAAUUUGAUUUUAUAUUGCGUGAUAGCACGUGUUUAUGUAGACCCAUCAUCAGUGAAGCUACCCUCGGUGGAACCGAUCAUCGACGAUGAGAGAUGGCGAAUGACCAUAAGACACAAAUAACUGACGAGUUGUGUUUUUCAGAUUUCGAUAUGGAGAGAUUUGUGGAAGAUGCGCAGAUAAGUGCAGAUGUGGAUAGAAAUCUGAAUGACGAGGAUGAUUUCUUCAGUUUUGACUUGGAAAAUUACCAAGAAACUAAUUAUUGGGAAAUUGUUCUCGAUCUUGCCGAGGAUUGUUUCAGCUGUGGUGAUUCUAAUUCGCAACAUGAUGAUGUUUGCUUUUGUUGCGAUGAAUGCGAGAAUCCUCAGGUAUCGUGUGAUCGGAAAGUUAAGCUGGAAGCUGUUGGCGAUUGUCUCGACAGCUAGAGUCGUGCGAGGAGCAAUUUGAUCCCGAUAAUGAUGAUCGGGAUGAUUUCUUUGAUUGUGACUUGGAAAGUUACCAAGAAACAAACUAUUCGGAUAUUGUUCUCGAUCUUUCCGAGGAUUGUUUCGGCUACUCUGAUUCUCAUUGGCGACAAGUCGAUAAAAACGAAUGUGAGAAUCAUCAUCAGAAAGUCGAGCUGGAAGCUGUUAGCCAUUGUCUCGACAGGUAAGAAUUUUAUGUUUAUUUAAUACGUAUUUUUAUAUGAUUUUCUGCGUUCUUUCUAUAUUAUAGAAAUGAAAUACUUUUAAUAAUAUAUUACAGAAAAACAAAGAUUAUUAUUUAUUAUUGAAAUUAAUAUUUUAAUAGUUUUCGAUUAAUUUGAAUUUUUCAUUUUGAUACAACAGGGUAGCCGAGGAUAUGACAUCCGAUGUGCAUGCCAGUCAAUCAAAGGAACAUGUACCAAAGAGAGAAAAAUUCUCUAAAUUGAAGAAACUUUUCAGAUUCUUCUUUUGGUAUGUAUCUAUAACUUAUUUAUUAUAAUAUAUCUUUACCA